ACUGCGGACUCUCUUCCCCGCAUAGCUAUUGGUUUCUCCUUUUCACGCACACCCGAGCUCCUCCUUGCGCGCGCACACGCGCUUCUUCCCGUCCUUACCCCUGGGCGCGCGCGCGCACACGCGCCUCUCUCCCCGAGCUGCUCGCACCUGGCAGAGGGCGGAGGAGCCCCGGCACGCGCGCCCGCGCCUCCUCUCUCUCCUCUCCAUGCCAGCGCCGCCGCGAACAUGGUGCAGAAAUCCCGCAACGGCGGGGUUUACCCGGGCCCGCAGACCGAGAAGAAGCUCAAGGUGGGCUUUGUGGGGCUCGAGGCGGCCGCGGCGGAUUCGAGUCGUGAUGGCGCGCUGCUCAUCGCGGCCAGUGACGCGACCAAACGCGGCAGCAUCCUGAGCAAGCAACGCUCCGGCAUCGCGGGCAAGAAGCCGCCCAAGCGCAACGCCUUCUACCGCCGCCUGCAGAAUUUCCUCUACAAUGUUCUGGAGAGACCACGAGGCUGGGCAUUCAUCUAUCACGCUUAUGUUUUCUUGCUGGUGUUCUCCUGUUUGGUCCUAUCUGUGUUUUCAACCAUCAAGGAAUAUGAAAAGAGCUCUGAGGAUGCCUUGUACAUACUGGAAAUUGUAACGAUUGUCGUGUUUGGAGUUGAAUACAUCGUAAGAAUUUGGUCAGCGGGAUGUUGCUGUCGAUACCGAGGAUGGAGAGGCAGGCUAAAAUUUGCUCGAAAGCCUUUUUGUGUAAUAGACAUCAUGGUGCUAAUAGCCUCCAUCUCAGUGUUGGCAGCCGGCACGCAGGGCAAUGUGUUUGCCACCUCAGCCAUCAGAAGUCUCCGCUUCCUCCAGAUCCUCCGCAUGAUACGUAUGGACCGCCGUGGAGGAACCUGGAAACUGCUGGGGUCUGUUGUCUAUGCUCAUAGCAAGGAGUUGAUCACAGCUUGGUACAUUGGCUUCCUGUGUCUUAUCCUGGCCUCUUUUCUUGUGUAUCUGGCUGAGAAAGAGGACAAUGAGAUGUUUGCAACUUACGCUGAUGCUCUGUGGUGGGGUCUGAUCACGCUGACCACAAUAGGGUAUGGAGAUAAGUAUCCUAUAACAUGGAAUGGACGUCUUCUUGCAGCAACAUUCACCCUCAUCGGAGUGUCCUUCUUUGCCUUGCCUGCUGGAAUCUUGGGCUCUGGUUUUGCCUUGAAGGUCCAGGAGCAGCAUCGGCAGAAACAUUUUGAGAAACGACGGAAUCCAGCUGCAGGGCUCAUUCAGGCAGCCUGGAGAGUGUAUGCUACAAAUCUGUCUCGCACAGACCUGCAGUCAACCUGGGACUACUAUGAGAGAACUGUGUCAGUCCCUAUGUACAGACUCAUUCCCCCCCUUAACCAGCUUGAUCUGCUGAGAAAUCUGAAGAGCAAAUCUGGCCUUUCUUUUAGGAAGGAAGCCCAACCAGAGCCAUCCCCAAGUCAGAAGGUCAGUCUGAAAGAACGAGUAUUCUCCAGCCCGAGAAGCUCGGGAACAAAGGGGAAAAGUUCACCCCAGGGACAGCAGCCUCUGAGACGCUCUCCCAGUGCAGAUAACAUUGAAGACAGUCCUUCUAAGGUGCCCAAGAGCUUGAGCUUUGGUGACCGCAGUCGUGCUAGACAAGCAUUUCGCUUCAAAGGGGCGGCUUCACGCCAAAACUCAGAAGUGCUGAUUGAGAUGCAGGCAGAAGAUUUGAGGCAGAAGAGCUCUCCAGAAGCCAGCCUUCCUGGAGAAGACAUUGUUGAUGACAAUAAGAGCUGCCAUUGUGAGUUUGUUCCACAAGAUUUAACACCAGGAAUUAAAGUUACCAUCAGGGCGGUGUGCAUUAUGCGGUUUAUGGUGUCAAAGAGAAAGUUUAAGGAGAGUCUCCGGCCUUAUGAUGUGAUGGAUGUUAUUGAGCAGUAUUCAGCUGGACACCUAGACAUGUUGGCCAGGAUUAAAAAUCUGCAGUCCAGGAUAGAUAUGAUAUUGGGUCCUCCGGGUCCCACCACUCCCCGCCAUAAGAAGUAUUCAACCAAGGGAACCAAAGAGUCGCCCCAGUUCUCACCUAGGGUCGACCAGAUUGUUGGCAGAGGUGCUCCAAUCACAGACAAGGAUCGUCCUAAAAGCUCAACAGAAGCAGAAAUUGCAGAGGACCCAAGCAUGAUGGGAAGGCUUCUGAAAGUAGAGAAACAGGUGAUGUCAAUGGAAAGGAAACUUGAUUUCUUGGUGAAUGUCUACAUCCAGCGAAUGGGAAUCCCACAGUCUGAGACAGAUGCCUACUUUGGUUCUAAAGAGCCUGACCCAGCCCCACCGUACCAUAGCCCUAUCGAGCAUAUGGAGAAGUCUGGCUCUAUUACCAAGAUCAUCCGUUCCAACAGCUCAACUGGCCAGAAGAAUCUUGAUGCUCCUCCAUCUGCAUGCGUCAACCAGAACAACUGCCCUCCAUCCACCUCUUGGCAACCCCAUGCCCUUCCUGGACCCCCUCAGUGCUGCAGAGGCAACUCCCCAGUAGGUGAUACCUCCUUGGUGCGAAUCCCACCUCCACCAACUCAUGAGCGCUCCUCCAGUGGACAUAAUGGCUCCAACCGAGGCUCUCGUGGAAGUGCGGUGGAGGAGGUGAAGCCUGGAGCUCUGUCUCAACAGCAGGCAGGUGCUGAUAGUGACACCUCCAUCUCCAUUCCCUCUGUGGAUCACGAGGAGCUUGAGCGCUCCUUCAGCGGCUUCAGUAUCUCACAGUCUAAAGAGAACCUAGACUUCCUAAACAACGCAUACUUCAGUGGCAUGACACGCUGCUCAAAAGUGAGGCCCUACAUCGCAGAGGGUGAGUCAGAUACAGACUCUGAGCUUUGUGCCCCUUCACCUCAUUCUGCCACUGGGGAAGGAGCAUACAGUGACAGGGGCUGGUCUGGCCCCAAGUAAAUCUGAAAAUGAGCUUUCAAAGUUGGAUAUUCUGCUGGGGGUGGUAACCUCUGAAACCAAACUCAGGCCACAUGUGGCAAGAAGCUGUAUUUGUUAAAACCAUGGUUACUUCUUACAGAUACAGAUCUGAAUUCCAUGCCAGAAGCCUGGUAGUAAUGCCAACCGCCUAAAUGUGGAGCUUUCUGGUACUUAAGAAUUUCCUAGACAGGUGGUACUUGUGGCUGUUACCUUUAAAGGUGUCAUUCUUCUUUUGAGAGACAAGCAUCUGCUGCUCAGUCAUUGUGCAUCGUUCCUAAAAAAUCUAACCAAGAGAAAGGCACAGGAAAAGAUAAGUCAGCAGGAAAAAAAUGCCAUAGUUUGUCUCAACCUUUAGUCACAUAGUUCUUCACCCUCAUUUUUCCAGCCAUUCAGGUUAUGUUUGUCUAGUCACACUGUCUUAUUACUCUGAGACAGAUAACGAGAUGGUUUCUUGUUGUCCACAUUAGCCCAUGGAUGCACUUCAAAAUAUAAACUGCUUUAAAAUUGUCCAAUAUUCAAUAUCUGCCAUCAUGCCAAAAAUUAUUUUUUAGUAAAAUUGUACUCCUAUAGAACAAGAAACAAUUUACUUAUAAAAGGUACAAUAUUUCAAUGUAUCAGGUUUCAACCUUUUUAAGUAAUCACUGGUUUUAAUAAUUUGCAUGAAUUUAGAAUAUUUAUACAGUUUAUUUUAUACAAACCUAUUUAAAAAGAGGAAAAUAAGCUUAAUAUUUUAUGCAGAAGUUUUGUUCUUUUCAUAAAGAGAACUUCUGAAGCUAUCUAUAAAUAUAAUGCAUAUGAACUAUUACCAUAUAUAUUGACACAUUUAACCAUCAAAAUGUAUAGAUGCAUAGAUCACGUGUAAUUUUCACACCAAAAAUUCUGUUGUCUGGAAUAAAAUAAUUGAAUAUUUGAUCUAUUAAUUUUAAUAUAUUUUAAACAAGCUUUUAACAAUCUGAUAUCUUUUUAGUUCAUGGACAGUCAGUUCAUACAUAUAUUUGUAUGCUGUCUUUGCUUUUUCCCAGAACACAUUCUAAUAUAAUGUUGCAUCAGAGCUUUUAUCCAUUUGAAGCUGUAAAGUUUCAUUAGUUGGCAUGAUCAUUUUUUACUAAACACUAAAGAGGAGUCAUCUGUUCUCUUAUUGUGAUACUGCACACUUCUGAACACAGGUGUACCUACCACAACAGUGCAACGGUCCUGUUGACAGUGCAUUCCUUCACGUAUUUUUCCUUUUUUCUUCGGAUGUAUGCAACCAACACUAAAUCUUUUCUGUGUUACACAAAACAUACUUCUGGCCAUCCAGCCCUGUUGCAGGUCAGCCUUCUCAGAGGUAGGUGUGGGUGAUAUAAAAAAAUAUAAUAUCACUUAAUAUCAUAAUAUUAAGCUAGUUUAAGUAACAGCUGUGGUUAUUGUUUUCAAGCUCUAUAACAGAUCUCACUUAUUUUAUGAAACACGAACUUGUUCAGUGCUUGAGAAGUCACCCUAAAUAGCACUCCCCUAAUCACAGGAGAAUGUGAAUAUUGUAUUAUAAUGCAGUAACAACUGGAAUCCUCUUUUGGCAAUAGGAAUAUACAGCCUGGUCCAUAAGUAUUUGGACAGUGACACAACUUUCAUAAUUUUGCCUCUGUACACCACCACAAUGGAUUUGAAAUGAAGCAAUCAAGAUGUGAUUGAAAGGUAGACUUUCAGCUUUAAUUUAAGGGGUUAACAAAAAUAUUGCAUUAACCGUUUAGGAAUUACAGCCAUUCCUAGUCCCUCCAAUUUCACAGGCUCAAAAAUAAUUGGACAAACUAACAAUUAUAAAUAUAAGGAUUAUUUUUAAUACUUAGAUUCAAAUGCUUUGCAGUCAAUGACUGCCUGAAACCCAUGGAAAUCACCAAAUGUUGUGUUUCCUCCCUUGCUUUGCCAUGCUUUGCCAGGCCUUUAAUGCAGCCACCUUCAGUUGCUGCUUGUUUGUGGGUCUUUCUGCCUUUCAGUUUUGUCUUCAGUAAGUGAAAAGCAUGCACAGUUGGGUUGAGGUCAGGUGACUGACUUGAUCAUUUAAGAACAUUCCAUUUCUUUGCCUUAAGAAGCUCUUGGGAUGCUUUCACGGUAUGUUUUGGGUCAUUAUCUGGUCAUUAUCUGUACUGUGAGGUCCUAUCAGUUUUACAGCAUUUGACUGAAUCUAAGCAGAAAGUAUAGCUAGAUACACUUCAGAAUUCAUCCUUCUACUUCUAUCAGCAGUCACAUCAUCAAUAAAUAUCAGUGAACCAAUUCCAUUGGCAGCCAUACAUGCCCAUGCCAUAACACUUCCUCUACCAUGGUUGACAUGAUAUGGUAUGCUUUGGAUCAGGAGCCCUUUCCUUCUCCAUACUCUUCACUUCCCAUCAUUCUGGUACAAGUUAAUCUUGGUUUCAUCUGUACAAAGAAUCUUGUUCGAGACCUGGGCAGGCUUUUUUAGAUGUUUUCUAGCAAAGUCUAAUCUGGCCUUUCUGUUCUUGGGUUCUUGAGUGUUGAGUACCAGUGGUUUGCACCUUGAGGUAAACCCUCUGUAUUUGCAUUCAUGAUUGUAGACUUUGACGAUGAUAAGCGUACCACCUUGAGAGUGUUCUUGACUUGGCUAGAUGUUGUGAAGGGGUUUUUCUUCACCAAAUAAAGAAUUCUGCGAUCAUCCACUUUAGUUGUCUUCCAUGGCCUUCCAGGCCUUCUGGUGUUACUGAGCUCAACAGUGCAUUUCUUCUUUUUAAGAAUGCACCAUAUUGUUGAUUUGGCCACUCCUAAAGGUUCUGCUAUCUCUCUGAUACACUUCAAUCACAUCUUGAUUGCUUCAUUUCAAAUCCAUUGUGGUGGUGUAUUAUGAAAAUUGUGUCACUGUUCAAAUAGUUAUGGACCAGACUGUAGCUACUUCUGAAAAUCUUCUAGUUAUAAGCAGUAAAUGGUACAACAGGAAAUCAAGCUGAACACCUUUUUAUAGGGUGCACAUGUUGGCUUAUUUCAAGCUUGUGUAAAUCCACCACCUGUGUAUGAAUUGGUUCUAAAAUGUCCAGUGUCAUAUCUACAGCAAAUACUUAUGGUUCAGCCUAUGUUAUAGCCCUCAAGUGCACAUUCCACAAAGUGCAUCUUCAAAGAGAACAGUUUAGUUUACAUCAUUUUUGUCUUCCAUGUAGCCUGUAUUUCUUUAUCCAGAACAGAAAUCUGUUCAAAAUGCUAUCACUGAACCAUCAUCUUCAUAGCUAUGUUAAAGGGAGAAGAAGUGUAAUCAUGCUGAAGACUCACAUUUCUGAAGAGGUGGGUAUGAUGAAAAAGUUACAAAUUAGGUUAGAAUAAAGCAUGCUAAACAAAUAAUGACAAUUUCAGGUUGAACUUUGCUAAAGUCUAAUACAAUGUGGGUAAGGAAUCAAUAUGCAGGCCUUAACUUACACAUUGUAUAUGAAAUGCUACACAGACAUUUCUCUCAUGUUCAUUUAGAAAGUAUGAUAGAAGUGUUAUUAAUUCAUUUACAAAGCUCAAAAGCUCCUUUGAGCACACAAACACAGGUCUAAAAUGGUGUCAUGGUGUAUUAUACACCAGAAAUAUCUGUCAUGGUCAUUGAUUUGUGUUUUUAUUGCAUAUCUUGUCAUCACAGCUGCCUUGCUUGGUUUGAAAAAAAAAAAAGAAUUAUUUGAUUUUUUCCAAAGAAUAUUAUGUAUUUUGCUAAAUUGCCUUUGGUGUUUUGUCCAUGUUUUCUGUAAUGUAUAAGAGUCCUCUCGCUGCAACUCUGUUUUGAACACACAUUGUGCUUGUGAAUGUAUUAUUGAAUGCUAUCUCACUUGCACACACACUGGUACUGGUACAGAUAUAGACAACCAUGAUUCAUAAUGUAAUUGGAUUGCAGUUGAUUUGUAUAAAUUAUAUUUUUGGCUCACACUGAUUUGUAAGGCAUUGCAUUUGCUGUAGUUUUAGGUGGCCCAUUCUUAACUAUUUACAUCAUCAUAAGCUAAGACAUUUUGGGCAUUUGUGAUUCAAAUCAGAUCAAAGUUGCAAGAACUAAAACUCUUAUGCGGAAUGGUACAGGUGUGAUUAACGGCUCCCGUAUACAAUCACUGUAGCUCAGAACAUGGCUGUCUAUCUCUGCUAUAACGAAACAAACAAACAAAAAAAAAUACAGGACACAGUCACAGGACACAGAGGACAGAUACAGAAAACGAGCAAUACUUAACGCAUGUCAUGUAACCUGCAAGCCUUAUGUUUUUUUCAACUCAUGUCUCAAGUGACAAUUACAUGAUUUAUGUUUACAUUUUAAAAAACAUUUUCAAUAGCCAAGCUUUUAGUGGAAGAAAAACUGUCUUUGUAAAGUCUGUAACUUGAAUGCAACACAGUGGCGUUUGCAUUGUGUUAACGGUCUCCUGUCAUAUACAUGAUUGUUUUACACAAAAGGCACUUUUUUGUUUCCUUAAAGGAAUAAAAUGCUUGCCAGCAUGUUUUAAACCACUGAAUGCCAUAAAUAUAGCUUUUGAUUGUCAUGUAGCAUAUCCCUUGUGUAGUCACUCAAAUCCAUGGGAGCUGUAUAAUAAACUUUGUAUUAUUAGAA